AUGGCGAAUCUGAAGACUAUAUUAUCUGGGAAGCACUUGUUGGCGCUGUCGUUGGCUUUGAAUGCGAGUUUGGUGCUGAGAAUGGGGUAUGAUCGUGGAAACAAAGAAGGGUCUUGUUUGAAGAAGACAGAGCACGAGGUUGAUUCUGACACUGAUAAACGUGUUAACUCUAGAUCUGCACGUUUGGCCGUACCUUCCUAUUCUAGUCGCACCAAUCAUCCCCAAGACAGGGACAGAGUCAUCAAUCUUGACUACGGAGAUCCAAGUAUGUAUGAAAGAUACUGGCGAGAAAUGGGGGAGAAGACGACGAUCACAAUCCCGGGGUGGCAAUCGAUGAGCUAUUUUUCGGGUUGGAGCGACGUGUGCUGGUUUCUGGAGGCAGAGUUUGCGACGGAGGUGGUCAGACUGCACAAUGCGGUGGGAAACGCCGUCACACAUGGCACCCACAUCGUCGUCGGUACUGGCUCCUCUCACCUCAUUAUGGCCGCUCUUUAUGCUCUCUCUCCUCCUCAUCCUCCCCAUCAACCUAUCCCCGUCGUCUCUGCCACACCCUAUUACUCGUCGUACCCAGCGAUGGUUGAUUUGCAGAGAUCAGGUCUGUACAAAUGGGGUGGUAGUGCUGAGAGUUUUGAGGAGGAAGGUCCCUACAUAGAGCUAGUUACUUCUCCCAACAACCCCGACGGCUCUGAAAGACGAUCCCUGAUCAACCGUAGCCAUGGCCUGCAGAUUCACGACCUUGCUUAUUAUUGGCCGCAAUAUACUCCCAUAUCAUCCCCUGCUCAUCAUCACGUAACCCUCUUCUCUCUUUCGAAAUGCACCGGCCAUGCCGGUACUCGCAUUGGGUGGGCUCUUGUGAGAGACAGAGAGGUUGCGAUGAAGAUGAGCAAGUUUAUAGAGGUCAGUACAAUAGGUGUGUCGAAGGACUCACAGCUGAGGGCUGCUAGGAUUCUAAGGGCAGUGUCCGAGAGCUGCCAAGGGCAACGAGGCGAAUCAUUCUUCGGGUUCAGCCACAAUGUGAUGGACCGGAGGUGGAAGCAACUCAGAGCAGUGGUUGCUCGCAGCGGCAUGUUCAGUUUGCCCCGCUUCUCUCCCUCAUUCUGCAACUUCUCGCGCCGAGUGGUGGAGCCUCGACCCGCUUUUGCUUGGUUGAAGUGUGAGGGAGACGUAGAGGACUGCGAAACAUUCCUCAGGGAACACAAGAUCAAGGGCCGAAGUGGAAGGCACUUUGGGGCCAGCCCAAAAUAUGUGAGGCUUAGCAUGCUGGACUCCGAUGAAAAUUUCACGCUGUUUUUAGACCGACUCUGCUCGAUACAGUCAUGA